CCACCUCCACCUCGACGACUCCCGUCUCCACGUGAGUUCGCCCGCCGCCUGCGAACAGCGGCGCCCGGUCUCCCAUCCCGCUCGCGGCGGCGGCGCCGUGCUUCUUCCUCCUCCCCGUCCUCGCCGAUAGGAGGUGGGGCUGCUUCAUUGGGCAAGGAUGACCAAAGGGCCAGUUCCAUUCCUCAACAUUGGGAAGAGAGCAAAAGAUCUUUUGUACAAGGACUACAAUUUUGACCAAAAGUUUUCUUUGACAACAACUAGCAAUUCUGGUUUGGGUCUAACAGCCACUGGUGUGAAGAUAGAUGAACUUUUCAUCGGUGACAUACAGACACAACAUAAAAGUGGCAAAACCACUGUUGAUGUCAAAAUUGAUAGUGAUUCUAGAGUGUCAUCCACAGUCACUGUUGAUGAAGCACUGACUGGUUUGAAGACUUCUUUUAGCUUCAGGGUACCUGAUCAAAAGUCUGGGAAGCUUGAUUUGCAAUACCUUCAUGACCGAUGUGCACUGAAUUCUACCAUUGGUUUGACAUCAACACCUUUGGUUGAGCUGGCAGCAACUUUUGGCACAAAUGAACUCAGUGUUGGUGCUGAGGUUGGAUUUGACAGUGCUUCAGCUUCUUUUACUAAGUACAACUCGGGGAUCUGCUAUAACAAGCAUGAUUUUUCUGCUGCCUUACUACUUGAUAAAGGGGAGACUUUGAAAGCUUCUUAUAUCCACUUGUUCAAUGAAACCAAUGGAGCUGCAGUGGCGGCUGAAGUAACACACAAGUUGAAAACAAAAGAGAAUUAUUUCACCAUUGGGAGCUCUCAUGCUCUUGAUUCUUCAACGUUGCUGAAGACAAGAUUUAGCAAUAGUGGCAAAGUUGGAGUUCUCUGUCAGCAUGAGUGGAGGCCCAAGUCUACUGUAAGUCUUUCUGCUGAGUACGAUCCCAAGGUGGUAAGUUCGCCUUCAAGAUUUGGCGUGGCCAUAGCCUUGAAGCCUUGAUGGUAACCUCCUGUACAAGUGUUAGAUACUCCAUGCCCGUGUGCAUCCGAGGCAUACUUACAAAAGCUCCGUCAUUUUCUGCCCUUUCUGUAGCAGUCUUUUGGCCGAAGAAACAUUGUUGUCUUGGAGUUGGGCUUUAGUUUUGUGGAAACCAUUCCACCAGCCAAACUUCACCGCGAGAAUUGAAAAUACAGAGAGUUUUGUACUGAAACAAUAGGUUUACUGCUUUCUUCACGAAAUUAUUCGGUGUCGACUGUACACCUUGAAGGUAAUUGUGAGGCUCACUUGAGAAAUCUCAUGGUAAGUG